GGCGUUUUGGGAAUUCGCGGUAGCCGUUAAACCCUAGUUUGGUGCUGUCUAAAGGAGAAGAAAACCCUAAAAGAGUCAAAGAAGACAAAUAAGUCAGAUGUCGGAUAACAAAGACCACAACUCCGAUUCAGACUCGGACGGUGCACCCGAGGAGUUCACCCAGGAGCAGGCUAAACUGGAAGAUGCAGCUUUGAGGAAAAUACAGAGAGAGAAUAAAGCUAGGGUUGCCCGGGAAAAGAAAGAGAGUCGCAAGUUUUUAGCAGAGAAGAUAACGCCAAAGAAAUCACGAAAGAUUGAAACUUUCGACGAAGAAGAAGAAGAGGAAGAAGACCCUGAAGCUCUUGCAAACAAGGGAUUCCUUUCCAAAGACAUCAUUGACUAUCUUGCACAGCAGAAGAAGCAGAAAACCGGUUCUGAAACUGAAGAAGAGGAGGCCAACAAAGAACACCCGAGAAAGAAAAAGAAAAAGAGCUCAGGUAUUGAAACGGUUAUUUUCAAGGAUAUUCCACCACCGGAAUGCUUGAAAACCGGUCUAGAUUUCUUGAAGAAGCGUAAAGCUCAAGUCCCUAGAUCUUCUUCAGUCCUCAAGAACUCCAGCCAAGCUCUACGACUUGUCACCGGUGCUGCUUCAGCCAAGACGCAGCGACAGAAAAAAUGAAACUCUUGAAGAUUCAAAUCCUUGUAGGCUUCAGUGCCAUUUCAUUUUUGUUUUGGUCAACAUUAAUCAGCUGCUUAUUUGCUACUUAAGUUCUGCUACAUGAUGUGUUAGAUGUUUACUAAAUUAUAAAGUUUCUCCAGAUCUAUUAAGCUAUUA